CACCCACACACUCACACACACACACAUUUGCAAUCGCACGCUUCUCUUAAUUUAGCCAAAUACAAAAAAGUAGCAGCUUUUUUUUGGGCCCCAUUAGCGGUGUCGUUGUUGUUGCACUGGUGCUAUAAGAAUAAAAGGCCACGCGAUGAUAAGCUUUCUGUUCAUUGUAAAUCGCGCUCUCAGCAGCAGCGCGCUAACCUCCGUAUCGAGCAAGAAGAUGUCCGCCCCGGGACCACGCCCCCUCGUCCUCUGCGGCCCCUCGGGAUCUGGAAAGAGUACGCUGCUGAAGCGUCUGUUCGCCGAAUUUCCCAACACCUUCGGUUUCAGCAUAUCCCAUACCACGCGGAAGCCACGGGAAGGUGAGGAACAUGGUGUCCACUACUAUUUCGUGGAACGCCCCGAAAUGGAGGCGGCCAUCGCCGGAGACGAGUUCAUCGAGACGGCCGAGUUUACGGGCAAUAUGUACGGCACCAGCAAGGCGGCGGUGCGGGAAAUCCAGGCCCAGGGAAGGGUCUGCAUCCUGGACAUCGAACAGAAGGGUGUGGAGCAGAUCCGCCGCACGGAUCUCAAUCCCAUCCUGAUCUUCAACAAUCCCCCCAGUAUCCAAGAACUGGAACGACGGCUACGUCUACGCGGUUCCGAAACGGAGGAGUCGCUGAAAAAACGCCUAAAUGCUGCCCAAGUGGAACUGGAUUAUGGUCUGACGCCCGGUAAUUUCCACAAGAUCAUCAACAAUGUGGACAUCGAUGUGGCCUACGAGGAGUUCCGAAACUUUGUGGUCCAGGAACUUAAGCAGCAGGAGAUCCAAGGAGUGCCCAUCAGCUUGAAUUAAGUGAAGGGAUUGUAAGAACCAGUAUGCAAUGAUAUUAACCUCAGUAGGGUGGAGUACAUAGUUUUUUUUUAUUAGAGCAAGAUUCGAUGGUAGGAAAAGUAAUCCAUGGAUUGUAUUUUUCAUUGGAAGCCAUUGGCCUGGUAUUUAAAUGCAUUUAUAAAAAUUAAAGGAAAACAACGUCCUGUUAAGAUUAAUAUUUAGUUAAAACUCCAAAAGGUUAAGAAUAAUAGUGUCAGCUAAAGCUAGGUAUUUUAGAUUUAUUAUUUCUUUAAUGACAAAAAACUAGUUUUAUUUGGUUAAAACAUUUAAUUACGGUCUGUCCUAACUAUUUUCACAGUAAGCAAGUUAAUAUAAACUAGACUAAAGCAAUGUUUAAGUUGUUAUAUUCUUUUCAAACAUUUCGAUUAGAUUUUGCUAGUUCAGUUCUUUACUUUAUUACAAUAAAUUGUUUUUGGAAAAAGUAAAGAAUUUUUUUGUCAGAAGAGAAACAUUUCUAAAAAAAGUGGAUCCAUAAUUUCGAGGAAAGGUAAACAUUUUUAUUAAAGACCGCCAAUUUUAACCCAAUUAGAGGUGCAAACUUGACCUAUUAUUUUCAAUGAAAAUGUGCCAUAGAUUACUUUUCGUGCCAGCGAUUCCGAAAACACCCACCCUAAAACCACGUUGACUAAUGGCAUUUAUACUUAAGGAAUGGCUUGUAUUUAUUAAUCUCCUCCUGUCCACCUCACUGUUGUGCAAAUUCGUUGUUGUAGUUGUUACUUUAAGCUGAAAGUUGUUGAGCCGCUUCACGGUUAAAAAAAAAAAAACCGGGGAAGGCAAUUAAAAUGGAAUCAAUAAAGCAAACAGUUUGCGGGUAUAUUGUA